AUGGCAUAUUUAUUACCACAUUUAAAUUCGGGUUGGGCUGUUGAUCAAGCCAUUGUUACGGAAGAGGAGCGAAUUGUGCUGAUCAGAUUUGGACACGAUUGGGAUGCUACUUGUAUGGAGAUGGAUGAAUGCCUGAGUAAAAUAGCAGAGAAAGUAAAGAAUAUGUGCGUUAUUUAUUUAGUAGAUAUUACCAAAGUUCCGAAUUUCAACAAGAUGUAUGAAUUAUAUGAUCCAUGUACAGUCAUGUUUUUCUUUAGAAACAAGCACAUCAUGAUCGAUUUAGGAACAGGUGAUAAUAACAAAAUUAAUUGGGCUAUAACAGAUAAGCAAGAAAUGAUUGACAUUAUUGAAACAGUUUAUCGGGGAGCAAAGAAAGGAAGAGGUUUGGUCGUCUCACCCAAAGACUAUUCCACGAGAUAUCGAUACUAA